UGUGAUAUGUCAUUCUUGUUUUGGGUACAUUGUUUGUGGUUUAAAUAAAAAAAAAAUAAAAUUGCCACUGUACUUUAUUUUCCUUAAUUUCCUGGUUUUGUUUGUUUUUAGUUUGUUUAUUAAGACAUUUUGUCUAAGGAUCCCUGUAUAAACAAGUGCAUUUCAUUCAUGAAAUCAAUCAGAUUGGGAUUAACAAAGAUUAUGGGUUGAAAAAGGCUAUUUUUUGUAUAGCUUGGGACAGUUUCCACGGUGGUAUCAGUACUCUGCGUGGGAGGAAUCCUUUACCAUUUCUGUUCACUUUUUAAUUCUCCUGGAUAGGCAGUAUGCUCCUGACCCUUCCUGACCCAGUGAAGGCACGUCCUGUGACACAUUCUCCUCCUUAGUGUGUCACAUUUCUUGUCUGUUUCAUCCUCUAAACUAGAUCUUGAGGAUAGGGCAUCACACUCUUCUUUGUCUCCCUAACGUCCAGCUGAAUAGUUAACACAUAGUUAAGAGCUUUAAAAAUAUUCACUUAAAAAUAUUUAGACGAAUGAGCACUCUAACUUUCUUCCUUUAUGGCAUUCCAGUCUAUCUGCUUAUUUAAAAAAAAAAAUUCCCCCUUAAAGCACUAUAACUGAAUAAUUUGAGAAAUAAUCACUGAGACAUCAAGUCUAGACUAUUUGAUGAUUUAGCACUCUGUCUACCAAUCACUCCCUCCUACAGGGUUGGCUACUUGGACCUUAAUUUUCCUUUGCCCCAUCGGGGGUGUCAUUCACAUUAAUACCAGAAACCCCAUCAACAGCCUCCAAAGUAUUUACGAUCACGUCGAUAGAGAAUGGAAUGGUCUGCCCAUACCUUCGACCUCCUGAAUUUUGAAAUUCAGACAAAAGUCCUUUUUUGUUUGGACCAGCUGUUCCCAAGCAUCCCGGACGCGAGCCAAGCCCAUCUGAGACCUGGAUCUGACCACAGGCCGGCCGAGGUCCCGGUUGCAGCUAUGUCGGUGUUGGAGGAAACGCGGCCGUUCGCCCAGCAGCUGUCCAACGUCUACUUUACAAUCCUCUCGCUCUUCUGCUUCAAACUCUUCGUGAAAAUCAGCCUGGCCAUCCUGAGCCAUUUCUAUAUCGUGAAAGGCAACCGCAAGGAAGCGGCCAGGAUCGCGGCGGAAUUUUACGGCGGAUCCCAAGGGCAAGGUUCCUGGGCAGACAGGUCACCGCUCCAUGAAGCAGCUAGCCAAGGUCGUCUGCUUGCUCUGAGGACAUUGUUAUCACAGGGUUAUAAUGUAAAUGCAGUAACCAUAGACCAUGUCACACCAUUGCAUGAAGCCUGCCUUGGCGAUCAUGUUGCAUGUGCCAGAACUCUCCUAGAAGCUGGUGCUAAUGCAAAUGCAAUCACAAUAGAUGGUGUGACCCCCUUAUUCAAUGCCUGCUCCCAGGGCAGUACCAGCUGUACAGAACUACUUUUGGAAUAUGGUGCCAGAGCACAGUUGGAAUCUUGUCUUCCUUCUCCCACACAUGAGGCUGCCAGUAAAGGUCACCAUGAAUGUCUAGAAAUAUUGAUAUCCUGGGGCAUUGAUGUUGACCAGGACAUUCCUCAUUUGGGAACACCUCUGUAUGUCGCUUGUAUGUCACAGCAGUUCCAUUGUGUCCGGAAGCUUCUUUAUGCUGGUGUUGAUGUACAAAAGGGAAAAUACUGGGAUACUCCAUUACAUGCUGCUGCACAACAAUCCAGUGUGGAAAUUAUCACCUUAUUGCUAGAAUUUGGAGCAGAUAUUAAUGCCAAAGAUUCUGAGUGUCGGCGACCUAUAGAUGUAGCUACUUCCAGCAGCCUGGUGGAACGAUUAUUGCUUCAACAUGAAGUUACUCCAUGCUCACUUUGCCAACUUUGUCGACUCUGUAUCAGAAGCUACAUAGGAAGAUCUAGACUGCACCUCAUCCCGCAGCUUCAGUUACCAACCUUACUGCAGAACUUCUUACAGUACCGAUAAAGCAGUAAAAUGCUUCUAUCAAAAGGCCAUGAAGAUCAAAAAUUUCUUUUGCACAUGCAUAAUAUUUCAUAUUAAGAUAUGCUAGGGUGGGGGGAAAGUGAAUGUAAGAAUGCCUGAGGAAAAGUGGAAUAACAACAAUUUUAAGGGUACUGAUUAAUCCUAUUGUUUUAUGCAUUUUUACUGUCUUUGAAGUACAGUAUAUUACAAAUAUCUGCAAUAAUUAUCUAUCCCAAUAUGUCCUCUUGUUGAUUUAGAAACAUUUUUACGUUUUAUGUUCUUUCCUAGUGAGGAAAAGAAAAAUAUGAAUUCUAAUGAGUAUCACAUUGUAUUCUAUUUUGAAAGAUGACUGUUCUCUUAAUAAUGGGUUAACUUUUUUUUGGCCAUUGUCAUUGAAUUUCCCUGUAUUUUUAUAUUGAUGCAAAAUAUGAGUAUAAUUC